GCCGCUUUCAAAUCUUUUCAAAAAAUAAAAGAUGCACCAAGGCCUGAGCACACACUAACAUUUCCGAUCUUUCCACAACUCUGAGAGAGAGAAAAAUGGAUUCCGAUCUCCCUCUGAUCGAAAUCGCCGGAGAAGACGACUCGCUUCUUCAGUCGACUCCACACGGCGCCGUUUCGACCAGCACCGCCACCAACGACGACGCCUAUUUCUUUUGCUCGCCUCUCCAACCCCCCAGAUCCAGACCCAAAGAGGGUGUGAAAGUGAAUGGGGAUACCCAAAAAUCUUCAUGUAGGGAUAGUAUGAAUAAAGAGAACACUAACUUGAACAAGAUUGAAGAAAAGAAAUUCAGCCUCCACCCGCAGCAAAUGAAGAGGAAAAAGAAGGGAGGAUACAAUUUGCGUAAAAGCCUUGCUUGGGAUCGAGCUUUCUUUGAGGAAGAAGGUGUAUUGAACUCCGAAGAAUUAUCCAUGAUUACUGGCAGUGUAAACUCUAGUGGGUCGCUGUCAGUCAUCCAUGAAGAGACUAGUUGUGGUACUGAUUCAGCGUAUCUUCAGGGGCUUGAAGAUAACUUAUUCAAGGAGAUUCCGGGAAGUACACCAAAGAAAGAUGGGAUUACUGGUGGCAGACCAUUGCCAAAGCAUGCUUCACCAGCUAGAGAUAAUGCAGUCCCAGGUUCUGCGGGCAGACGGAAGGUGCUAUCAGCUCGUGAUAGCAAUAGAAGUGGCUCAAAACGCAGUGGUUGCCCUCGCCCUAUGGCUUCCUCUUCUCUGAAAAGGCCUGCAAAUGUGAAUACUCUCAAGUCAGCAACUAAAGAACCAAAAAUUUCUAAGCUACCUGUUCCAAAACCUGUUCCAUGUGCUCUCUCUAAGACAUCCAAGAACGUGACGGUUGGUGCAAGUGAUCUAAAACAGAGUCAGAUUGCUCAUCCUGUCAAUUUGAACAACACCAAAACUGGUCUAAAUAAUGCAAAAGUUGGUCCUAUGGGAAAAUCCUUGACUGCUAAAAGUUGUACUCGUCCAACCAGAAGAAAUGUGGCCAGUUCAGUGAAGUCUUCACCAACCAAAGCACAAUGUCUGCCGGUUACAGAAGCAAAAAAUGGAUCAGAGGUUAUCACAAAACAAGCACUUCCUUCUGCCAGUCAUGCAUCAUACUGCCGUGAUGACAGACUUAGAAAAGUUGCAGUUCCUCUUCCUCACACUGGUGUGAACUUGCCACAUACUCAACUCCAAACAUCAAAACCAUCAGGUUUGCGGAUGCCAUCACCCUCGCUGAGUUUCUUUAAUCAGCAAAAAGCUUCUUCUUUACCUGGCUCCCAUAAGAGCAGUUCACAACCAUGCAAAAUUCCUAAGUUUAGGCAAAUUGGUUCUGUAAAUCCAAGUCAUGAAUUGGGGCCGCCUUCACUUGGGAAAAUGCCAAAUGUGACGAAUGCUGGGACAGUAAUGGGAAAUAUUAAUGUUCAGUGUUCAAGUUCAAGUUCCGUUCUAUCUGAUACUAGCCCUGCGGCAAUGGACAAAGUGGAUUCAGUCUCGCAAAUAAGACAUGUGCGGGCGGAACUCAAGGUAUCAUCUAAGUCAAAAGGUUAUGGUAUGACAGAGGAUCACAGAAAGUUAAAUAGCAUACCUGUUCAUGGCUACCAACAAUCUACCCCACAAGCAGAACCAAAUAUUACUGAAGAGCUUUCUUACAUGGAAGAUGUAGAAUUUCAGAGGAGUGAUGAUAAAUGUCUAAUGGAUCAGGGGUUGUCUCUUGCAUUUCCUCCAAAAAGUACAGAGAUUCAGGGCCACAGUUUCGAGAAGGUUGCAGAUGCUAGUCCAGAAGUCCAAAAUGGUAGUGCAGCUGAAUACAAAAUAGCUGAUGCCUUCUCUUACUCUAGAUGUGAAGAUCAAGCAAAAGAUGAUAUUAGUACAUUGAAGACAAUGAGUAGGAAUCUGCAUGUGGAAGAUGCACAAAUGCUGGCUUCAGAUAGAAAAACAGAUGAAAUCAAUGAUGUCAAGCUGAGCACAUCAGCUCCUGAUAAUUGGCAAUUGGUGAAAGUUGAUAGUGAAAAACCUGAACACCAAGACCUUUCAAAUCCCUGCUACAUUGGAGAACAAGUUUACCAGGAUGAAAGAUUAAACUUAAAUGAUUGUGUAUUGGAUAGUUUUGAUGUUCUUCCUGAAGAUUCCCAGCAGAACAAUGUUCUUCCGCGUUUUGAGUCAAAUGAAGCAGAAGGAAGUGGUGCCUGCCCAAGUGAACCCGCAAUUUCCAGAAACCUUUCUGUUAUACCACCUGUGAUGCUUGAUUGCAGGUUUAAUGAAGUGGAAAUGGUGGACUCCCCUAGUGUGGAGAAUAUUGCAUCGGUAUCUGAAGACAAUAGGCCAGUGGUUGAGAACCACAACCUUGAUACACAGUUCAGGAAUGACAUUCGUCUUCAUGGGCAAGCUUCUUUGGAAUUGCACAACAUGGAUGAAGAUCAAAGAAGAGUUUCACUGACUGCUCAUGAUAUUAAGACAACUUCUUUAAAAAGUGGAGAUUCGACGUCCCAACUAAACCUGACAAUGCAGGUUGAGGCUAGUUCUGCAAAAGACACAAUUGAGCACAGAUAUUUGGGAUUUAAAGGUUCUGAUUUAUCUGUUGAAAGUAGCUGUCAUGCCCCUCAGUUGCAGCCUGAAUAUGACAUAAUCUCUUGCCACCAAGAUACUUCAAUGGCGCAAAUUAAAUUCAUGAGUGAUGAAAGAAAUGUAAUUGAAGAGGAAACUAACGUGCCAAGUGGUGAAUUUGAUGAUGGCAAACACAAUGUUCAACAAGCUAAGCAGGUUAUGUCUUGCUUUAGGGCAGAAGCUAGAAUCCUGAACUGGAAUCCAGGGGAUUAUGGCCUUUCAUUUGAAGGUAGCAAAUCUGUGGAAGAGUGCCACAAAUAUAACACUGGGAACAGUGAAGAUAUCAGUUUGAAAGUAAACUGGUGUGAUGCAAGUGGAUUGCAAAGCCCCCCUGAUCUAUCUAAGCAUGAAAUCUUGGAAGAAGCAAAUAAACAAGUUGAUGAAGGUAAUGAUGUGAUUAAGGAACCCCUACCUGGAUCUCCAGAGGAGUGGUCAGUUGCAAAUUGCAGGUACUCAGUGGGUUUUAAUAAUGCACAUAAACUAUCUGGAUGUCCAGAGCUUCGGCAUCCAAAUAUUGUAGAAGUACAAGUAUCACAGGAAUUUAAGCCCAGAUCAGAUUUGAAUGGAAAUUUGCUUGCAAAUAAUGCUUCCUGUAAGGAAUGUGAGGAAACUGAUGAGCUUGUUUUAGAUCGGAACGAUGCUUGUGGAAGUGAACCCAAGUGUUCAGAUGCUUGUAUGGAAGGAGCACCAGCAAUACCUGACGGCACACCUGAUUUGGGGGGAAAGGUUGACUACUCACAACUGGAACUUGCAGCGACUAGAAGUUCCAUGGUUGAGCAAUCACCAGAAAAUGUUCACGGUUUUACAAAGUCCAGGGAUACCAAUAGGCUAUGUGAUCAAGCUGCUUCUGUGGAGUCUGACUCAUCUGCAAAGACAACCAAUGAAGAAGAUUCUGUGCAAACUUUGGCAUGUAAUUCCUUGGAAGGGAAACUAAGGUCAUCCCUUAUUUCUGAUCAGACAUCACCAAGUGGAAGCAUUCUGCAGGAUAAUGAAGUUAAUGUAUUGAGCAGCAACACUUUGGCAGAGGAUGCUGAAACUAAUAUCUUGAACAUUAAUCAUACUCUUGACGAUGAACUGCAGCAAGGAUUAGAUGAUACCAUGUACCCACCAAAAGAUAAGGAUGCAACAAAAGAGCUUAAGAAGUCUAGGAGCGGAAGGAAGCAAGAUGGCCUUGUUAUAAAACCUCCAUCAGAUGCUGUUCCAUUCUCUGAUGAAUGGUUAGCUGCAAUUGAAGCAGCUGGAGAGGAAAUUUUAACCAAGAAAGGUGGUGCUGUACAGAAUUCACCCCCGAACAAGUCUCCUCCUCAACUAGGUCCAUAUUCGCCGGUGAAACGGAAACAAAAUCAAGUAAUCGGACCAUUUGAUUGUACAAAACAUACCAACAACCCCCCCGGUUCUCAAUAACCUAAGAGGGGUUUGCCUAAUCAUUCGAUGUCAUUCACAAUAUGACAGCCUUUUUUCCUUUGUCAACAACCCAAUGUCAUCGUCACUAAUUCUCUACUGACAUUUUCCACAAUACCUUCCUCUAGAACAUAUAAUUGAAAAAUCCUUCCUUUCUUUUUCCAUUUCUUUUUAGAUUUUACCACUUUUGUUUUGCCUGCAUUUCCAAAUGAAUAGUGCAGUGCAAACUUUCUCUCAAGAAAUGCACACUGGGUACAAGUUUAAAUUUUUGAGCA